AUGUUGACGAAGUUACAGGGGCACACUAAGAACAUUACUGGAAUUUCUCUCCCAUCAGGUUCUGACAAGCUAUACUCUGUUAGUAAAGAUAGAACUCUCCGCAUUUGGGACUGCAACAGUGGUCAGUGUGCUGGUGCUGUUGAUCUCGAUGGUGAAGUUGGGUGCUUGAUUAGUGAAGGUCCAUGGCUGUUUGCUGGAUUGCCUAAUGCUAUUAAGGGAUGGAAUUUACAAGCUCAAACGGAACUCUUUCUUAGUGAACCUGUUGGGCAAGUUUAUUCUAUGGUUGUGGACAAUAAUAUGCUUUUUGCUGGAACAGAGGAAGGUACCAUAUUAGCAUGGAAAUGGGGUACUGAAACUAACAUUCCUGAACUGGCUGCAACGAUGAAGGGACACAAUGGUGCUGUGUGUUCACUUCUUGUGGGAGCUAAUAACAGGCUUUAUUCGGGUUCAUCCGACAAUACCAUACGGGUUUGGGACCUCCAAACGCUGCAGUGUAUACAGACAUUACACGGGCAUACCGGAGAUGUAACAUCUGUCAUUUGUUGGGACAGAUAUUUGUUAUCUGCUUCUGUGGACAACACAUUAAAGGUAUGGGCUGCGACUGAGAGUGAGAAGUUGGAAGUGGUCUAUGAGCUCAAGGAAGAAUAUGGGGUUAUUGCUCUUUUUGGGAUGACAGACGCUGCAGCUCAGCCUAUUCUUUUCUGCUCAUAUAGCGACAAUACUGUUCGCAUAUAUGACUUGCCCUCGUUUAAUGAAAGGGGCAGAAUAUUUUCGAAAGACGAAGUCCAAGUGAUUCAAAUUGGCAUUGGUGGUCUCUUUUUCACUGGUGAUGCAACUGGACAGCUCUCCGUCUGGAAAUUACUUGGAGUUCCGUGUGCAAUGGAAUCUUGA